AUGGAGUGGGCUAAGAAGACAUACAACGAGCAAUACGAGUCGUGGGUACCGUGGCUGGAGGAUAUCUAUCUUCGAUGGUUCACAAAAGACAAUAAAGCCAGCUACACGACCAAGAGCAACUUGGAUAAGGCCAAAGUUACGAACAUUGAGCAAGUUGAUUCCCUACAAGACGGCGUUAACGACCUUGGGGCUUCCCAGAUUGGCCAGGGUGGUCUCUUGCACUCGGCUGGAGACUUGGUAUCAAAACAUGGUCUGACUCGCUCUGAGCGCCAAGGAAAUGACGACCAGGGCGGAUACAUAAUUUGA